CGUAGCAGAUUGAACAUCGCGACAUCGGUUCUCGCGUUCACCCCGUGGAACACGAGGUUUCGCGACGUCUAUCAUCCCCAUUUAAGUGUCGACAAAGGGGAACAAACCUUUUUUCAUUUGCGAAAGAAGAAGACGAGAAACAUCCGUGAUGUAAAACUGUCCAAGAUAAUGGUAUCGAUAAAGAACCACGAAAAUCACUAGCGAAGUUGAACCAAACGCUCGGAUUCAUUAACGACACAAGAGGACAUUAUUUUUUUUCCUCAAGAUUUUUUGAUGUAAACCAACGACGAUAAAAGUGUCGAUAAACAAGCCCUGUCUUCCGAAAAACCGAAGGAAAAUCUCGUUCAAUCUCGAAAGAAACUUGAACCAAUCUCGAUAUAUUAUUUACGACACGAGUGGCCACUGCUCGGCACAUUUUUUCCUCGAAGGAUAUAAGAUUCAGAGGCAAAAACACUUAUGAAGUAUCGAUAAAAGUCGAGUACUAAAAAACAGAAGAGGUAUUCGACAGAAAUCCAAUAAACUUGCGUAGCAGAUUGCUCAAAUUUUUACUCCCUUUCUUAAAUGAAGUUUGAACGAGGUUUAAAGCACUCGUGACAAGGAGUGAAAAACGAAUCCUUCUAGCUUGUAAACGAGACUGGUCGGUUUCUGUAGAAGAAAGGAAAGAAGCAAGCAAAAGGCACGAUUAAUAGUUGGAGAAUAAGAGGACAGAAGUUGGUGGCAUCUCGAAGAGAACGAAGACGUGACUCGACUGAAAGCGGCAAGAUCAACGAACUGGAUCCAGAAGCACGAAGGUGUCGUGUACCGUGUUCCUCACAUCGAGAAAUCAAUGGUAUCUUGAUCCAUCCAUCAAGAGGAAUCGAUGCGUACGACCAAGAGAAUCGAAGGAAAGAAUUUAAACUUCGCCACGUGAUUCGGUGACUUGUUUCAACCGCGUUGCAACGUUUCGAGUUUCACGGGAACCGAUGUCUGCAAACUUUUGUUUCAAAUACUGCGAUUUUACGUACGAUUAUUGGAGAAACUACGGUCAGUGAAUUUAACAUAGGAAUAACGUACACGAUGUACGAGUCUCGGCGAGUUUGCACCGUGUAAAAUCAUAAAACACCCAGAUGCUCACCUCUAACCGAACACCCUCUAUACAUUGUUUCGCUGAAACUUUAUUUACUACAAUACAAAUAGCAAUUAAAGGAGAAAUUCGUUCACUGUAAAGGAAAGAAGGAAAAGAAAACCAAGACGGGUAAUUACAACCAGGAGAGACUUCAAUGUAGAAGCUUUGGUGUACAGCGUUGUUGCCUGCGGUCGUUGCCUCGACCUCGCUGUUUUAUCGAAAAACCGGGUCCGGAAAAAGCGAAGAAAAAAGGAAAACGAAAGAGUGACUAGAAAACCGUGAUACAUCAAAGGAUGCUUUGACUUUUUCUCUACACUAAAUAAAGCACCACGGGUGGUAAACAGUUUUGAAAGCUAUAGCGAACAGUGGCAAUCGAUUAAAUGCAAAAUGUCGGUCGAGGUGAGAGCGGGUCGACCAACAAUGCCUACAAUUCCUCAAUCUAAGAGACCAACGAUUCUAGUUUAUCCUACAGUAACUCCGGAGAGUAUCAUCAUCCCAAUAGUAUCGUGUAUUCUUGGAUUUCCAUUGUUGGCGCUGAUGGUUAUCUGUUGCCUAAGAAGAAGGGCAAAACUUGCGAGGGAACGAGCCAGGAGAAGAAACUGUGAUUUGGAUCACGGUGCUUUGAGCUUGGUUCGUUUCAGCCCUGUUCAUCGCUUAGCUGGAAUUGAUCGACCAACGAGAACGGUGUCCUUAAGAAGCGAUCGAGGGUCCAAAGCUUUUCCGUCAUUGGAGCUAGACACCGUGGUCGAAGAACGAUCGGAUCCUGAACAGAGCACCGCACUUGAACUCAGCAGUCCGGAUUAGCAUCCAGCUUUGGUACCGCCAAGGUACCAACUACAAUUAUUUUAACACAUUUUUUAAUCUUACAUCCACGCGGGCUUUGAAGAAGAUACCGGUCUGUGCCACCUAGCAUUAACAUCAUAAAAGUUAAGAUUUUGAGAAUAUUUUUACAGGUCUCCUCGGCCGUCAAAAGCAGCGGUGCCAUUACCCGAGGAUCAUAGCCCUUUAUGGACAGCGUUGACGCACGCUAAUACCGUAUCAUCUGCCCUUGGAGAUACCUAGCAUGAGGUGGAUGAGGGCGAUUAUAUCGAAGCUCUCGUCCUAAACUUACCAAUCAUUUAUUAAACAAUUACAAAAAUUUAAAAAUUUGUUAUGAACCUUCAAUACCUGGAAUAUAUGUUACGUUCAGUUUGAAGAUCGUGACGAAUUCUGAACAUACAUCGCAAGUGCCAUAACGAAAAAUGACUAUAAAAUAUAUUGACAUCGUAAAGUUAAAUAAAAGUUUGCAAACAAGUUUUGCACAUGUGACAGAAAUUAAUGUGAGUUAAACGUUAUACUGACCAAUUGUAUCAAAUUUAGUAGACAUCCCGGCUUUUUACAAUGAGAUACCUAGUCGAAAAAUGUAUGCUACAGAUAUGUUAGUGUAAAUAAGGGUUUGUUAACACGACGUACAAACAGAAAACAGUUUGUAAAUAAAUCAUCAUAAGCACCAGAAACUUCACACUUUUAUAUAUUAUGAAAUCGAUAUACGGAUUUUUAGAGUGGAAAACUGUCAAUACGUCUGAUGUAAAUAAUCUUACUAGAUAUACGAAAUAAUUAUUUAUACAAGAGCAAUUAGAAUGUAUUCAAAUAUAUCAAAUAUAAAAUUCUUCUAAA